AGGAACAGACACCUGAAAAAACCUAAAACACUUUGCCAAUAGUUUAGACAAAACAGAUCAAGACUUUAAAGUCAACAUUGCUUCUGCAGUAUUACCAUGCGUAUGGAAAUUUUAGUAGGAACUGCAGAAAUAUAUUACUCCUGUUAAACUUCUAGUACUUUCUCUUUAAAUUGUUCCAAAGGCAUGCUUCAUUUGCCCGGCUGUACAGCCACUUGUAUGUGUGCAUGGAAGAGGGAUGCACUUACACAAAAGGAAAACAUCCUAUCAUUUGUUUACAGCUGGGAGCAGCUAGUAUGUUUCUCUGCAUGUGCAAUCCUCUUGUGCAAUCCUUCUCCAGGAAAGGAUCAUGUCUUUCUCUCGAGUCGGCUCCAUCCACAGCGAAAUCUGGAACAGAUUUUCCUGUUCGCCAGCAAGCAUGGUAAUAGAAUAGGCUAUGUAAUUUGACACUUCAACUUACUGUGCUCUCUGCUAGUUGAUUCACUUACUCACCCACUAACACUGAGCUCCUUUUUUACUGUCUGAGGGCUAAAAUAAGAGACGGGAAAACGGCAGAAAUAAAAGGGAGAACGUGCAAGUCUGAAAUCUACCUAGAAAAUAGGAUAUUGUUCAUUUGCUGAGCUGCCAGGCUGCCUCAGAUUCUACUGGUAAGUUUAAUAUCGCACCUCCGUUUAAGGUUUUGCUUUCUCAAUGAGAUUCACGCAAACAAUGGAGCGUGGAGUAAAGGGCUGUUUCCGAGGAUGUGGAAAGGAUUUCUGUGAGGAAAUGUUUUAUGUGGGACCAGGAGGUAAUUAGGCUUUUUUCUCAUGGGCAGACCCGAGGAUCGCUGCCUUUAUGUUGUGUUUGCAGGGAGAGGAGGUUUGGGUAUGGGCAAAAAGGAAGCGUGUCUGCUUUUACCCGAGUCUGAAUAAGGUCACACCAUCUCUGCUCUUCGUGUUCCUGCUGCUACUGUUGGACUCUAUAACCCUGCAGUCUCUGUAGGUUCCAUUGCAAGGAAAGAGACUGGGCAAAAAUUGGGUUUUUGAGAGAGUACAAUGUGGAAACCACUGCUAUCCAGUAGUAAAACCUGGAUGCUUCCCGAACCUUUUAAGGACACACUGCUGGAUUGAUACCCUUCUCGUGCAAAGCUGACUCCAGUACCACCAGAGUACAGGCUCAUUGAUUUUAUACAGUCUAGUCACCAUGCUGAUCCCAACUUUAAACACACGUUCAUAAGACAUCAAAUAUCUGUUGCUUAAGCUAAAUUUUCUACUGUGGCUAGCCUUGACGAGGACAAUGAAUUUAGAUAACUGAGGAAGCAGUGACCGCCCAAGAGAAAGGCACAUGCGGGUCUGAAGAUCUUUCAUGGCUUUCAGGUAGAAGAAGAGAGGAAUCUUCCAGAAUGAACUCUAUGGAUAGGCACAUACAACAGACUAAUGACCGUCUGCAGUGCAUAAAACAGCACUUACAGAACCCUGCGAACUUUCACAAUGCGGCUACAGAGCUUUUGGACUGGUGUGGUGAUCCCCGAGCUUUCCAGAGACCUUUUGAGCAGAGUCUCAUGGGCUGUUUGACGGUGGUUAGUCGAGUUGCAGCACAACAAGGUUUCGAUCUGGACCUUGGAUACAGGCUGCUAGCUGUAUGUGCAGCCAACAGAGACAAGUUCACUCCCAAAUCAGCAGCUCUACUCUCCUCUUGGUGUGAAGAAUUGGGCAGGCUUCUCCUGCUACGCCACCAGAAGAACCGCCAGAACGAUCCUCCAGGGAAACUCCCCAUGCAGCCCCCCAUGAACUCUUUGACCUCGAUGAAACCCUCUCUUUCCCAUGGCGAUGGGUCUUUCCCUUAUGACUCCGUUCCUUGGCAACAGAACCCUAGUCAGCCACCCGGUUCCCUGUCUGUGGUCACUACUGUUUGGGGAGUAACAAACACGUCACAGAGCCAGGUCUUGGGAAACCCUAUGGUGAAUGCAAAUAACCCAAUGAAUCCUGGAGGCAAUCCCAUGGCAUCAGGCAUGAACAGCAAUAGUGCGGGUAUGAAUUCUCCACAGUUUGCUGGACAGCAGCAGCAGUUUCCUUCAAAAGGUGGUUCUAGCCAAGCCUAUAUGCAGCAGAGUAUGUACGGACGACCCAAUUACCCAGGAGGAGGAGGGUUUGGUGGCAGCUAUCCAGGUGGCCCUAACAAUCCUUCAGGAAUGGGUAUUCCCCCUCACACUCGUCAACCUGCAGACUUCACACAGCCAGCAGCUGCUGCAGCCGCUGCUGCAGUUGCUGCUGCUGCUGCCACUGCUACCGCCACUGCAACUGCCACAGUGGCAGCAUUGCAGGAAACACAGAAUAAAGAUAUAAACCAGUAUGGCCCGGUGUGUUCCUCUUUCCAGAUGGGUCCGGCCCAGGCUUAUAACAGCCAGUUUAUGAAUCAACCUGGCCCACGGUCUGCCAUGACUGGAAGCAUGAAUCCAGCAGGCAUGGGCCCAAACAUGGCACCUUCCAACAUGAGUGGUCCACCUAUGGGUAUAAAUCAGCCUCGUCCUGGCAUGAACCCUUUUGGUGCUCAUGGCCAGAGAAUGCCUCAGCAAAGUUACCCAGGCCCCAGGCCCCAGUCAAUGCCUAUGCAGGGUAUAAAGAGGCCUUAUCCAGGAGAGCCCAAUUAUGGAAGCCAGCAAUAUGUACCAAGCAGCCAGUUCCCCAGUCAGCCAGGACAAUACCCUAGCCCUAGUCCUGCCAGACCUAUGACAUCACCCAACUAUCCAGGGCAGAGGUUGACUGGGCAGCAGAAUACAGGGCAAUAUCCCCCACCCAGUGUCAACAUGGGGCAGUAUUACAAGCCCUCAAGACCAGGACCGGUUGGAAACUAUCCCCUUUCUCCAGUCCCAGGGAACCCCACUCCCCCUAUAACUCCUGGGAGCAAUAUUCCUCCUUAUCUGUCUCCCAGUCAAGAUGUCAAGCCUCCGUUUCCUCCGGACAUUAAACCUAACUUAAACACGUUACCUCAACCUCCAAAUGUUAAAGGGAAAGUUCACGCUUUCUCUCCUUCUUCGAUCUCAGCCAGCCACACAGAUGAGCUACGCCUUACCUUCCCAGUCAGAGAUGGCGUGGUGCUUGAGCCCUUCCGGCUAGAGCAUAAUCUGGCAGUCAGCAACCAUGUGUUUCAUCUACGGCCAACUGUACAUCAGACUCUAAUGUGGAGAUCUGAUUUGGAGCUGCAAUUCAAGUGCUAUCAUCAUGAAGACCGGCAAAUGAACACCAACUGGCCAGCCUCAGUGCAAGUCAGUGUUAAUGCCACCCCUUUAAACAUCGAGCGGGGUGACAACAAGACUUCACACAAACCCCUGCACCUCAAGCAUGUCUGUCAACCAGGUCGUAACACAAUCCAGAUUACAGUCACUGCCUGCUGUUGUUCACACUUGUUCGUGCUACAGUUGGUUCAUCGGCCUUCAGUACGUUCAGUGCUUCAGGGUUUGCUGAAAAAGAGACUGCUUCCUGCUGAACAUUGUAUUACAAAAAUAAAGAGGAAUUUUAGCAGCGUUGCUGCUUCAUCUGGGAAUGCAGCGCUAAAUGGAGAAGAUGGGGUAGAGCAGACAGCAAUUAAAGUAUCACUGAAAUGUCCAAUAACAUUCAGGCGAAUCCAGCUUCCUGCACGAGGGCAUGACUGCAAGCAUGUACAGUGUUUUGACUUGGAAUCAUAUCUGCAGCUCAACUGUGAGAGAGGAACCUGGAGGUGUCCUGUAUGCAAUAAAACAGCCCUGCUGGAAGGCCUAGAAGUUGAUCAGUACAUGUGGGGCAUCCUAAAUGCAAUACAGAACUCUGAGUUUGAAGAAGUGACCAUUGACCCAACGUGCAGCUGGAGACCUGUACCCAUUAAAUCAGAGAUACACAUCAAGGAUGACCCUGAUGGAAUGCCCUCCAAGAGGUUUAAGACUAUGAGUCCUAGUCAGAUGAUCAUGCCCAAUGUUAUGGAAAUGAUUGCGGCACUUGGUCCUGGCCCAUCUCCUUACCCGUCUCUCCCCCCACCUCCAGGAGGUGGUAACUCUGGUGAAUAUAUUGGGCAAGGUAACAACUACCAAGGUCAUGGCAACUUUGACUUUCCUCAUGGAGCACCUGGAGGAACAUCAAUGAAUGAUUUUAUGCAUGGACCUCAACUUUCUCACCCUCCAGACAUGCCUGGAGGAAUGUCAUCUUUGGACAAACCACUCAGCCACUCCAUGCAGGACUCUUUGCCUCAUGUUGGAAAUUCUGACCAGUCCCAUGGCUCCAUGCCUCAGGGCUUACACCCCCCUCAUCCGGGCAGCCAACCUGGGCAGCCUUUACACCAUGGUGGACCAGCACCUCAACCACGGCACCAACAGCAAGCUGCCAGUCACCCACAUGUAGACAUGAACUUUAAUCCAUCUGCAGUUUUAGAAGGUCAACCUGGUGGCCCUGGAGCUCCCGACAUGCCUGAACCAUCGCUAGAUCUUCUUCCAGAGCUUACAAAUCCAGAUGAGCUUCUCUCCUAUUUGGAUCCUCCAGAUCUACCAAACAAUAGCAAUGAUGACCUUCUCUCUCUGUUUGAGAACAACUAAAAUUAGUGACAUAGUUCUGUCCUCCAUCUCUAGUCCAUAAUGUAACCAGCCUGACAACACACGUGGGCACCGCAAUGGCAACUCACCUCUUUCCUCUGACUGCCCAUUUGAUGCGCUCUCAGUGACGCUGCUAAGGACUACAGUGUGUUCAGGCUAUCCAUAGACAUCACAAGUGCUCUUUCUUGGUUGUUCUCGUACUGUGGGAAACCUUAAGCUUAACCUUAAGCUAUCACACCAGGGAACAUGACAAGGAGAGUCCAUUAUGGGCAUACUGACUGACAUAAAGGUGACUCUUCCCAGUGCAUAUUGCUUUGUCCCACUCCCACACCACUACCAUCUUAAAGCCAACUGGAGAAGAUGAACUAAUCCAGGAAAUAGGGAAAAGAUGGAACAAACUCAUUAACACACACAAAGCACAAAGCUCCCUAGCAGUGACCACCUGAGGAUAUUUUACGCAUAAUGUAAUUAGGCACCAAACAGAAGACAUGCUGGGGGGCCUCUUGCUUCUUUUUUGCGUGUUAUCUGGGAUACUUCCCCCUCUUUUUAUUGUGGCAUUUUUUAAGAAAAAUUCCCAGGUUUCUGGCCAGACAUCUCCAUGCCCUGCAGUUCCUCAAGUGCACAAUGUACACAAUCCACAGGAACUAAGGGACAGGAGAGACAAAUUUCCCCCACGAAGGACAGAGUUAUUCUUUGACCUUUUUAUGUUUCUCUACUUUUGAGGCUGCAAACAAGGGGCAUUCAUGUUGGUUUUAAGGCAGCUUACAGACUUCUUUUUUUUAGUUACUUCUAUUUCCCCAACAAGACUGUUACACAAUAUCUGGCCUUCAGAUUUAGCACCUGGUGAUGAUUUUUAAUUACAAAAUCCUCAAAAAACUGUCAAAAUUGUGUGUUAUUUGUGCAAUCUUCCUUCCCUACCACCCUAUGACUGAGGUACCUUCUAGAGGUGUGGGUGGGGUCUAAACGCAUGUCUGACCCAUUUUCUGUGCUUCUGGUGUGUUAAUGCUGCUUGCUUCUGUAAAGCUGUUGUUCAAUUUGUACAGAAGUGCAUGUGUGCCAAUCAAUGUUAUUUACUUUGUCUGUUUAACAUUUUUAGUGCUUAACUCUUUUUCUGAACCAGAGUCCAGCAAUGCACUGUGGUAGUAAAAAGGGUAAGUGCGGCUUCUGCAGAAUGCUUCAGCAACAAAAGGUUUACAGAAAGACAUCUUUAGGCUGUCUUGUAAGCAACUUCCCUUCUCUGUGUGCCAGGUUUAACAUAUUGUGUCCUGAUACUCGGUUGUUUUUUUAUUUCUGUGUGUUGUACAGCUGUUAAUGACACACCAAACCUAUUUUUUUUUAUUUCCGUUCCCUCUUUCUAUCACCAAAGUUGUAUUUUGUAUUUUUUUUAUUUAAACAAGGAAAAAAAGAAAGAAAAAAAAAACGCAACACAACAACUUUUCUGCUUUUCUCCCUUUGCAAGAGUUUAAUUUUUCCAGCAUUAUCUUGGUUAUGUGUCAUGUAGAAUUCUAGGCUUUCUUUUAUAAAUGCAUCUCCCCAUUAUUAUUAUUAUUAUUUGUGAAUUCAUUGUUUUGUUUUUUUUUUGGUUCCAUGUCUAUUAAUAAGAUGGCAGCACACAUUGCUGUUCAUAUGCAAUUCAUUAUUUUAGCAAGGCAAAAAAACUAUUGUAAAUAAGUUUGAAAAAACUGUAGCACUGUUUGUUGAUUUUAUGAUCUAGUGUGUCGUCUUAAUGCUUUGUCUCUUUUGGUUUUUGUUUUUACUCCAGUUUUUGUUUGAUAUGUGUGAUAUAUAUUUUUUAAUCAACCUUUCUCCUUUUUUUCACUUGUUCUUGCAGUUGUGCCUGCAUUGUAUUUGCUCAGUAGUACAUCUCCAGCUACUUUGGGAGUGAGGGGGUUAAUUAUUGGGUCUCCGCCGCUUUCCUAAAAGAUUUCCUCUAGGAAGGUGAUACUGAGGUGAUAGGAAGGUGAUACUGUCACUUCUCAGAUCUACAAAAUGUUUUACACGAAAUAGGGAGAAUAAUUUGUUAUCCAGUAGCACCACAUUUCCCUUGUAUACUUCGGCUUUUAACCUUUCUCCUCCCUCAUCUCCACCCAAAACGUCAAAAGCAUUAAUUUAUAGAUUGCUGUUGCCAUAAUGAAAAUGUAAGCUUGUAAAUAGCAUCACAUAAUAUUUUUUCAGGUAUGAACAUACAACAUAUUUAUAAUGUAAUAGUAUGUCCUCUUUUUCCAUUUUGUAUAUGAAUAUAAUAUCCUCUUCCAAAUACAGUACAUUUUCACUGAAAGAAUAAUGUCCAAAUUUACAGAUGUUGGUGAUCUAUAACCUACUGAAAUAAAAAUAAUGUGUUGUACAUUUGUAUGCAUUGAACAGGUUGUCUAGAGAAAUCUUAUGGCCUGGCUUUCAGUAGCUGUAAUGCUUUACAUGUUCCAUAAUGCCAUAAACCAGUUCAUAAGUGGUAAAGUCCGACACACACACUGCUACAACAAGGAAGCAUGUAUGAUAUACUAUUCUCUUUACUUUCUCUGAUAAACAACAAUGGACAACCACCCCUCCUUUGUUUAAACCUCCAUUUGAAUAGAGCAAAGUUUUAAUAAUAAACUAAUGAUUCUGAUUUCAUUAUAUCCUGCUAAGAGUUUCAAGGUCAGUUUUGGUUUGUAGACUGUUUAUUAAGAGAAUGAAGAAUAUCAUUUUACUGUAUCUGGGGUCUUGGAUAAAUCGAGGCAAGAAGAGUUACAUCCUUUGCCUCAGACUGACCCUCUCUAGUGGAAGAUGGCACUUCUGUUAAACGGAUGAAGAGAAUAAUGCAGAAAUAAAAUAAUGUUCAGCAGCAAUGUCAAAGCUGUAGCCUUCCAUCUUUUGUGGACCACAUCUCCCAGUAUUCUCAGCUCACCACUACCAAAAGAUACAGGAUUUUGCAGUCCACAACAACUGAAGUGCUGCAGGUUUGACAUGAAAGGGUAUUUUCUUUGGACGCAAAACUUGAAAAUCCAUGAAGUCCUCUCUGGUGCACUUAACCUAGACCCAUGUCGUUUCUUAUGUUGCACCUUUUGUAUUUAGCAGUGAUAAACUGUAUUUUUAUUAAAUUGAAACACUAUUCUUGGGGUUUUAAAAAUGUGAAUAUUUUCUGAGAGGACAAAUUGGGCUGUAACAUAUCUUUUGCUUCCUGCUGGAAUCUGUAUGUCUUUGUUACAGGUAUAAACCUUUGUAGAACUACAGCUCUCACGUGCUCCCUAAUCAAAUGGUUUGCAGAUAAGGUGUAGUUCCAGAGUAGCUGGUGCUGUUAGGUCACUGAGAGCGAAAGUUAGGUGGUUGUGCCCAGAUGACCAUGCCCAUAAUACAACUUUCUACUGCAAUUACUUUUUAUUUAGCUCAGUGCUUCCUCUUCAUUGUGUUUUAAAACUUUUUCCCCCACAUGUAAUAAAAUGCACUAAGUUUGCCCAGGAGCAGUAACCAGUAGCAACCAAUAAGAUGUUUGCUUUUAAACAUGUGACCAGGAAAUUCUACCUGCUGAUAGGUUACUGCCCCUGGGCAAACUUAGUGCCUUUAAUUACAUUUCCCCAAUAAAGUCUUGUUUCUUAAAUUUGGGUUCACCAGUGUUGCUAGGCAACAGGUCCUAGCUUGUGUAACAUUUUAUUCAUCUGGUUAACAAAUGGCACGCAGGAUCAUUUUCUGGCAUGAAUUUUCCCAGGGAAACAGACAAUUAUUGCACGUGUUUGGAGAUGACUUGUGGUGCCCCCAUAACCAUUGACCCACAGAUACAUUUCUUGAGGCAAUUUCUAAUGUCUUGUCUUGGGUUUUUCCCUAAGAAAAAAGUUAAAGGGACAAAAGGUCGGAAAACAUCCCAUGUGCCUUAAGUCUUACAUGGAGAACCUCUGUUUCUUACCAGGAGUUUUACAUUUACUUAUGUUCCAAAAAUCUAAUUUAAACAUAGCAAUUCAAAUCCUCAGUAGAACGAGUCUGCAAGGCAAAGAACGUGUGUGUUUGUUUUUUUGUUUUGUGUGUUUAUGUGCAUUUUCAGAGAUGCUUUUGGUACAAUUUUUGAAUUAUUUUUCGCUGUGCUUCCCCACCAAACAUUCAAAAGAACUGAAACCUGACUAAACACCUUCACCACCAGAAAGACACACAGUUUUUUAAUGUGUGCAUGAGAAGUUGACUGGGCAGAAAGGAAAUGGUGUCAAAGCCAUUUCUGACUGCAUACACUUUACCUUUUCCACUAUCAAGGGUUACAUGUUUAGCGCAUUGCCAGCUAAUGCGUAACCCUUUCAGUGCUAUAAUAUGUUAAAGGACUUAACACAUCCUUUGUAAAUAUGUUUAUGACAAGUAAAGACAUAAAACACAGACACGUUCAUUUUCCUGGGAAUGUGUUUUUUUCCCCAAAAAAGGUGGUUUAAAAAAACAGAAAAAAAAGUUUCCAUAUAGAGUGGAAACAAAUUUAUAUUUGGGAGGAGGGUGGGUUUUGGGAAUAUUUUGGGCUUGGGUGCAUUUUGUGUGAAAUCACAGCAUUGUUUCCACUCCUGUAAAAUAAUUUGACCCGUUGUGAAAUUCUUUUGUUUUUGUUCUGUUUUAUGUAUAUGUAAUAUUUUAGCUGACUUGCGUUAGUCCUGUGUAAUUUUGAAGGUGCUACAUAAAAUGGAAAAAAAAAUUACGAACACACACAAUGAAGAAAAAAGUGGAAUAUGGGGUAAACAAGAAAAGAUUGUAACCAAAUUCUCUUUGUACAACUUUUGAUAUCAUGAUUAGAUGGGGAAAUGACUAAAUUCAAAUGAGAGCUCAAAUGGUACAAUCUGUAAUAAAACUUGCAAAAAGGGCCACUGUAUUUUGUCUGUACAUUGUAUGUACAAUUUAAUCAUUCAUAUUUGUAACUCCUUUACUGACAGAAAGAGCAGACUUCAUCUUUCAAGCAGUGAAGGCGAUAAAAUAUUAAGAGAUAAAGUAAUUGUGCUUUUAGUCUUGAAAAACUGUAUGUAGUUAGUUGUGUCCACCUUAUAUUUAUCAAAUAAAUAUGUACUCAGAUGAAA